UACCCGCAAAACAGCCAAAGCCCUUCCGUUUCGUCGUCCUCCAGCCCUGAAGAAUCCCACCACCCGCCGCGCCCGGGAGUUCGAAUCAAACCACCGCGAGGGGCCGCCGCCGCCGCCGUGAUGGCUCGCACGAAGCACCCGGCCGUGAGGACGGCAAAUGAGCAUCCCAAGAAGAAGCUCCAGUUCGAGCGCUCCCCGCGCCCGAGGGCGCCGCCGACAGGUGGAGAGAGUACAUGGGGGACACCGGGGAGGAGGGGUGCGCGGACCGGGGAAGCGGCGGCGGCUGUAGCAGGGACGCUAGGGCGGCAGCCGAGGAAGCCACAUCGGUGGCAGCCAGGCACGGUAGCCCUUCGGGAGAUCAGGAGGUAUCAGAAAUCCACCGAGCUGCUGAUCCCCUUUGCGCCCUUCGUCCGUCUGGUGAUGCAGCAUGUGAAGGAGAUCACUGACUUCUACUCAAAGGGGCAUGUGACACGCUGGACUCCUGAAGCCCUCCUUGCGUUGCAAGAGGCAGCAGAGUACCACUUGGUAGAACUUUUCGAAGUGGCAACUCUGUGUUCCAUCCGUGCCAAACGUGGUACUCUCAUGAAAAAGGACAUAGAACUUGCAAGGCGAAUCGGGGGAAGGCGUUGGUAAAUCAUAGAUGUAUUUGUGAAUCUUGCUGCCUGAUGUCCAACAUGAAAUCUGUAUCGUUGGCUGUAACUUCUGAGAAUGCAGUGUAGAUAUAUCUUCAUUCAGGGAACAACUUACCUUCUGUCUGAUUUGCUAGACGGCAUUCGGUAGAUUUUAGGACUCAAUUGUGAUGCAAGUUAACAUGUUGCAAGCUGUUAGACAGCAGCGUCGUUGAAUGUCGCAUGGUUCUGAAUUUGUUUCAGUAA